AAGUUUGUACAUUUAUGCAGGUGUUCAGUGUUUGCUACAGCUCAAACGCUGUUGUUUUGUUGCUAAAUUCAUUGCAAAAACAGUUAUAACCCAAAUCAAUUUACCUCUAAAGAGUCUGUAAUAUUUAAGGAUUUUGGCAUUAUGUUUAGCAUGCUCAAUGAACACGUUUGCAGUGCAAUUCAAUGCAACUGAAGAAAAUGCUUUUAAAAACUUUUUGCCCAGGACUAGAAUUAAUUGAAACACUUUUAGAGAGAUGGGGGGAGAAAAGCCAAGAAACAAUGCUCAUCAUUAACCCAUGGUAACCUUCUUUAAAAUAUCCCUCGUAGGUCCACGCCUGCCCCAUCCGCGCAACACGUUACUGUAAACGCUAUUAGUAAACGCUCAGCUGAACUACGAUUCCAUACAUGCGGUUCCUUCUCAGCUGUAUGCUGGCUUCCAGAUGAAUCAGCCUGAACACUCACAGAUUAAUCUUUAUGGACAAGUGUUGUGAGGCUCUAUGACAUGGAUACACGUGCUGUGAUGUUAUUAUUCCUGCUUACAGAGAUCCGUUCAUCGUGCUGUCAUCGAGCUCUGCAGCCUUUUAUGCCAAAUGUCUGCUCAGAACAAGAGAGAAUCAUCACAGCUGAGAAACAGCCAUGUGUACAGGGUUUUACACGUAUGGUGAAGGUUUGGAGGCAAGGAUGCACAGGUCAUGCUUGGUGUAUGGACUAUGAAAGAAGGACUGCCUACUACAUAGGCUACAGACAAGUCUACAAACAAGACUUUAAGACUACAUACAGAUGCUGUCCUGGAUGGUCCCAGCUCAAUGCAGAGGCAGGGUGCCUUUAUCAUACUGAUGAGUGCCAGGUUCACAACGGAGGCUGCCAGCAUAGGUGUGUGAACACCAGAGGCUCGUACUACUGCGAGUGCAACCCGGGGUUUCGUCUGCACAUUGAUGGCCGCACCUGCAUAGCUGUCCUAUCCUGUGCAGUGAAUAAUGGAGGCUGUGAGCAUGAAUGUGGCCAACUUUCUCCAGUUCACUUCCAGUGCCGCUGCAGACAUGGGUACCAGCUCACAGCUGAUGGCAAGCACUGUAGACUGAGGAACCCGUGUGCGGAGAGGAACGGCGGCUGCGUGCACUUAUGUCGCAGUGAUGGCAGUCAUGCUGUAUGCAGCUGUCACCAAGGCUUCACGCUGGCCCAGGACCAGAAGAGCUGUGAAGAUGUUGAUGAGUGUGAAACGGGAUUGGCAGCGUGUGCUCACAGUUGCCGGAACACUCCGGGCUCUUUCUCAUGCAUCUGCAAUCCGGGAUACGAGCUGGGCUCUGAUGGCAGGAAAUGCUACCGUAUUGAAAUGGAGAUUGUUAAUAGCUGUGACUCAGAUAAUGGUGGCUGUUCACACCACUGUCAGCAUGGCACACUUGGACCCGUCUGCAGCUGUAACCAGGGUUAUCAGCUCACGGAGGACCUCAAAACCUGUUUGGAUCUGGAAGAAUGUGAGGAGGGAACUUCAUGCUGUGAGCAGGACUGCACAAACUACCCCGGAGGUUAUGAGUGCUACUGCAGGGCAGGAUACAGACUCAACGCUGAUGGAUGUGGAUGUGAUGAUGUGGAUGAGUGUCUGUCUGAUAAUGGGGGCUGUGAGCACACUUGUCAGAACACCGCUGGCACCUAUCACUGCUUCUGUGAGUUUGGAAACCGGCUCGCUGAGGAUAGACACUCCUGUAUUCCCCUGGAGAGAGCGGUUGAAGAAUUGUCCAGUCCAGUGGUGGUUGAGAGACCUCUCCUUCAUCUCACUCUCCUCCAGGACUACCCACAACCCCUGGAGCGCUAUCAUGACUAUGAGGACGAAGGCUUCGGAGAGCUGCGAGCAGAUAGCACCCUCUCUGAGAAAUUUGUGUGUUUGAAUGGGACAUUUGGCCACGACUGCAGCCUGACGUGUGAUGACUGCUCUAAUGGAGGACUGUGUAACAUUGACAGAGAUGGUUGUGACUGCCCAGAUGGCUGGACAGCAAUCAUUUGUAACCAAACCUGUCCAGAGGGAACAUUUGUGAGGAGCUGUUAAUUUUUUUGUGAGUGUGUUAAUUAAGUUGUAAGUUGUGAAACGAUUAGCGGGAAGUGCCGCUGCCCACCUGGAGUCAGUGGAGACCUGUGCCAGGAUGGCUGUCCGAAGGGACUAUAUGGAAAGCACUGCAACAAGAAAUGUAACUGUGCUAAUAACGGCCGCUGCCAUCGCACGUAUGGAGCCUGCCUGUGUGAUCCAGGGCUCUAUGGCAGGUUUUGUCACCUACCUUGCCCCAAGUGGUCGUAUGGACCUGGCUGCGCAUCGGAGUGUCAUUGUGUGCAGCAGAACACGCUUGAAUGCCAUCGACGUCAUGGAACGUGUGUGUGCAAGCCUGGCUUUCAGGGCAAGACCUGCAGCCUGGAGUGUGAUAGUGGAUAUUAUGGUCCAGGAUGUAAAUCAAAAUGCCAGUGUCCAGCAGGAGUGUCUUGUCAUCACAUGACUGGACAAUGUCAGCGUCAGUGCCCAGCCGGUCUGUAUGGGGAUCACUGUGACCGAGAGUGCCCUGUGGGACAGUUUGGAGUUGGAUGUUCACAGUCUUGUGACUGUAAUGGAGCUCCAUGCGACUCAGUGAAUGGAAAGUGCCACUGUCCCGCUGGGCACAUAGUAGAACACUGUGAAAAAGAGUGUGAAGAGGGCCGUUGGGGGCUGGGGUGUGCAGAACUAUGCCCUUCUUGUGAAAAUGGUGGAUUGUGUGAUCGGCAAAACGGCACCUGUAUUUGUCCACCGGGUUACAUGGGAAAUCUCUGUCAGAAUGUCUGCCCAUUUGGGCACUUUGGCCUCAGCUGCCAGUUGCGCUGCACCUGUGAAAACAGCGGGCAUUGCCACCACGUGACAGGUCUCUGUGCUUGCAAAGACGGCUGGAUGGGACCCAACUGCGCAAAAGCUUGUGAGGCGGGACGCUGGGGACCGAACUGUGCCAACCAGUGUGACUGUGGGAGCAGCGUGGGCAGCUGUGACCCUAUGACUGGCCAGUGCCAUUGUGAAGCAGGCUACACGGAACCACGCUGCGAUCAAAAGUGUCCAGAGGGUUUCUUCGGCCAGGGCUGCCGUCACAGAUGCCAGUGUGAGAAUAAAGCAGCGUGCGAGCAUGUGAGCGGUGCCUGUACUUGUUUAUCAGGCUGGACUGGAACAUACUGUGAAAAAUCCUGUCCGGAGGGUUUUCAUGGUUUUGAAUGCCAGCAGAAGUGCCAGUGCUUAAAUGGUGGUCGUUGUCACCCCGUGACUGGAGACUGCCAGUGUCCAUCUGGUUGGGUCGGGCCCUUUUGCAACACCACAUGUGAAGCUGGCGUCUAUGGCCCUGGCUGCAGUCAAACCUGUAACUGUCACAAUAAUGCCACCUGUGACCCUGCUGAUGGAAAAUGUGAGUGUGGAGCAGGAUGGACAGGGAGCAGCUGUGAACAAGAGUGCCCAGCUGGCUUCUAUGGUGUGGGCUGCCACCAGCACUGCUUGUGCCAGAAUGGAGGGUCAUGUGACCGAAUCAGUGGGCACUGCACAUGUCUAAGUGGAUGGACUGGAGUGGCCUGUGAACAGGAAUGUGCUCUGGGAGACUUCGGCAUGGACUGUCAACACAAGUGUGAGUGUGAGAAUGGUGGAGUGUGUGACCGACAGAAUGGCAGGUGCUCCUGUCCAGCAGGCUGGAUGGGCUCACGCUGUGAGAUGGCAUGUACUCAAGGUUUAUAUGGUCCAGGCUGUAAGCAGCAGUGCAGGUGUGAUCAUAACGCCCCAUGUCACCACAUCACUGGCACCUGUAUGUGUCCUGCAGGCUGGAGAGGGUUGCACUGCGAGAAAAUUUGUUUACCUGGCUCAUAUGGAAAGCGAUGUGCUCAGCGAUGCCACUGUCCUCGCGGCACUUCCUGUAACCAUGUUACCGGGGAGUGUGGCUGCCCACCUGGAUUUACUGGUAACGGCUGUGAGCGAAUGUGUCAGUCAGGUACGUUUGGACUGAACUGUAAUCAGAUGUGCCAGUGCUCUGAGGUUAAUCAGCUCUGUCAUCCUGUCACUGGUGUCUGCUACUGUGCUCCAGGAUAUCACGGCAGCAAGUGUGAUACAGAGUGUGCGGUAGGCCGUUAUGGUCCCAACUGCGAGCAGGAGUGCCAGUGUCUGAAUAAAGGAGUAUGCAAGACCAGCACUGGCACCUGUACCUGUCCACCGGGAUUCAUUGGACCAAACUGCAAUAUCUCCUGUCCAUCAGGGCGUUACGGGCAAGACUGUGCACGAGUGGCUUUGUGUGGUGAAGGGGCCCGGAGUGAUCCGGUCACUGGCAGAUGUGUGUGCAAAGCAGGCCAGCGAGGGGAAGACUGUGGGAAAGGUUGUCCUAAGGGCUGGUUUGGUGAGGACUGUGCUCAGCGCUGUGACUGCAGUAAUGGAGGACUGUGUGACGCAGUUACAGGAAACUGCACCUGUGGGCUGGGCUGGACAGGAAACAGCUGUGAUAGAGAGUGUCCCAGAGGCCAAUAUGGGGCUAAUUGCAGGGAAAUAUGUGAUUGUAAAAAUAAUGGCACCUGUGACAGAGUGACAGGCGAGUGUCACUGUCCUCCUGGGUACUACGGACAUCUCUGUGAACAUGCAUGCCCUGUUGGUUUCCAUGGACAUCGCUGCCAGCUUUUGUGUGACUGUCGUGCCAAUGCACCUUGUGACUCUGCAACUGGCCGCUGUCUCUGUCCUCCAGGUUAUCAAGGACUCCGCUGUGAUAGAGAAUGUGAUCCAGGCAAAUUUGGGCCUAAUUGUGAUCACAAAUGUGACUGUGACGGAGACACACCAUGUGACCCUGUCAGUGGCAGGUGUCUGUGUGCACCUGGGAAAAUGGGAUCUCGCUGUGAUAUAGACUGUGGAGUGAAUCGAUUUGGACCCGACUGCUCAGAGAGAUGUGAGUGUCACAACGGAGGUCAAUGCAAUCCACGCAAUGGACGCUGCACAUGUCUCAACAGCUGGGUCGGACCGAGCUGUCAAGAGGGGAUCAUAUCUAGCCAGAAUACUAGCAGAAGCAAAAGGAAGUUCUCAUCAGUAUAGCAAUCUCACAGUUUCUUACCCAGUUCAGUAACAGACACCGAAAGUUUCACUGACAGUAAACUGACCUGGCUUGAAUUUGUGAGUGGACUCUUGGCUAAAAUUGAAGCCUUGUAGCAUUUGUUUUUUUAUAGAUCUUUGAACACAAAGGUCCACCAAACUGUCAGAUGACUCUGACAAGGACAAACUCUUGUGGCAGUUAAGGUGGAGACUUCCAUUAGUUAGUCAAUAAAUGAUAUACUUUCUCGUGGAAAAGUGGACAACGUGGAGAAGACUAUUCAUAUUGAAGCUCCUCCUGGAUGAUGACAAAUUCAAAGCGUUUUUUCAGCAUCAUUUCCGCUCAGGGAGAUUGAACUGAAUACAGUUUAACUCUAAUCAAGAAAAGCACCAAAUCAAGGCCUUCACUUCACCUGAAAUUUAAGUGAAUCCCAGUGUCACUGUCACAGAGACUUUGAGAAUCUUACAACAUUCAUGAUGAACCUUGUCAUAAUUUCUUUAACAUUAAGGUAGAAUUUUGCACAAAAUUGAGCGAAUCUGUUGCUACGGUGUAUAAUAUUUGGGCGUUGACGUAUGUUGUCCGUAUUUCAAAAUAUUUCAAGUAAUACAAAAAAUAUGAAACUGGAGUCAUUUUUUUACCUGUGUACUGUAUGAAUGUAAGUUUUAUGUGUGAAUUCUUGUGUACAAUUUUAUUUUGAAGAAAACUGUACUGUAAGCCUUAUAAUCACUGAUUCCUGUUAUACUGAACCACUUUUAUGGUUUUUGCUACAGAUUUAUUUUUGUACAGUACCUUCUCUGGUUGAUGGUUGAUGCUUUUCCUUUAUUUUGCAAUGGUUGAUUUUCUGGAAACGUACAUGUUUUAUUCAUAAUUAAACGUCUCUAAGGGGUAUAGAAAUAGGCGUUUAAUUUUUUAAGAAUGUUUUUGAAAACUGCAGUUAAGAAUUAUUUAGAAGUCUUUAUGCUUCUGUUUUAUUAAUAAUAAUAAUAAAUUCUUGGCACCCUGCAAUGAUC